GGGCGGCGGGAGGCUUCCCCCCCCCCCGCCGCUAAUCCGUCCAGUAUUUCUCCUUCCCGCCGCGCCCGAGGAGCGGACUUCGAGGCCGGGAGGGCAGCGAGAAGCACGGCCGGGGUGUGGGGAGGGGUAGCAUGCGCCCCUGGAGCCGUUGCCGGGAGACCCCGCAGCAGCUCUUCCGCCUCCUCGCGCGCGGCCCUCCUCCUCCUCCUCCUCCUCCUCCUUCCGGCCGGCCGCGGCCUAGCGCCGUCGCCAUGGCAACCGAGGCCUACCCGGGCCUGGACGAGGCGCUCCGGCGGGUCGUCCCGCCGCUGCCGCCCUACGAGACCCGCGAGAAGGCGGCGGCGCCGGCCGGGGCGGCGCUGGAGCAGCUGAGCGCCGAGUUCAUGCGCUUCUACCGGUCGCUGGGCGGCGGCGGGGCGCGGGCCGAGCUGCUGCGGCGCCUGGCGGGCGAUUUCGGCGUGGAGCACGGGCGGGUGGCGGAGGGCAGCGCGCGGGUGCUGCGGCUGCAGGAGGGCGAGCCCGGCGCGCUGCUGCAGGCCGAGGACCGGCUGCGCCACGCGCUGACCCCGCGCGACCGGGGCCUCUUCCAGCACCUGGCGCGGCAGGAGGGCGGGCUGCGCUUCCUGGUGGAGCUGCGCGGGGACCUGCUGGAGGCGCUGGCCGCGCGGGAGGCCCCCGGCCCGCAGGCCCGGGAAAUGAAUGGAGUCCUAAAGAACAUGUUGUCUGAAUGGUUUUCCACUGGAUUCUUAAACUUGGAACGGGUUACAUGGCAGUCUCCCUGCGAGAUUCUUCAGAAGAUUAGCGAUAGUGAAGCUGUGCACCCUGUUCGAAAUUGGGUGGAUAUGAAGCGCCGUGUUGGGUCCUACAGAAGGUGUUACUAUUUCGCCCACUGUGCAAUACCUGGAGAACCCCUGGUCAUUUUGCACGUUGCACUUACGGACGAAAUAUCCAGCACUAUCCAGGCCAUAGUAAAAGAGCCUCCCUUGCAAGGAGCAGAAGAUUUGGACAGAAUUACCACUGCAAUUUUCUACUCAAUCAGUUUGACCCAGCAGGGCCUGCAGGGCGUGGAGCUUGGGACGCACCUCAUCAAGCGGGUUGUCAAAGAACUGCAAGUUGAAUUUCCUCAGAUCCAAGUCUUCUCCACCUUGUCUCCCAUUCCGGGAUUCACCAAGUGGUUCAUUGGGCUGCUGUGCUCCCAAUCCAAUGAACUGGGCUGGGGAAAGCCUUUCACAGAUCCCGAGUUGCGAGAAAUUUCUGAGAUCACGGGAGACCCUGCUGCUGAAAAACUGAAGCGCCUUUUCGCGAACAACGGGUGGGUGAAAUCAGAAAAGCUGGUUCGGGUCUUAGAGCAGCCCCUUAUGAGGCUUUGCGCCUGGUAUCUCUACGGAGAGAAGCACCGCGGCUACGCGCUCAACCCAGUGGCGAACUUCCACCUUCAGAACGGUGCGGUGUUAUGGCGUCUGAACUGGAUGGCAGACACCAGUCCCCGUGGCAUGACAGCCUCCUGUGGCAUGAUGGUCAACUAUCGCUACUUCUUGGAGGACACGAUGGCCAACAGCGCCACCUAUCGUGGCACUAAGCAGAUCAAAGCUUCCGAGCAGGUUCUCUCCUUGGUGUCCCAGUUUCAGCAGAACAGCAAACUUUGAGCAAGCAAAUACCGGUUCUGGCUAAAUGGGAAUCUUGACUUGGUCCUGCUUAGAAAGAAGUGGGUUGCUGAUGAACCAGUAUGCUCUGUUAUGGAUCUCCUCAGGAUCUGCAGUUAGUUGUCUUGAGUUCUCACUGCCUUACGUCACCAGAGAAGAAGACCACGUGGUUUCUUGUGGUGCUUCCAGCAGGCUGAAUCUCAGGCUUGUUGACCUCACCUCAGAGAAGUGGUGGCAACUUGUUGGUGGUUUCUGUGAAGAGUGUGUUAUCCCUUGUUCUCAGUAGAUCAAUAGUCUUGUUUAAUCUGCAUCUUUGACAGCACUAUUGAACCACCGAAUGCCCUUGGACAUUAGAGGGAUCAAUAUCAGAGUUACUAAAAAAAAGGGACACGCAAGGAAGACAUUUUCGUCCAACUGGGGAAACAAAACAGCCUGUUUUUACACUUCUUCAAAAACUGCUUUUAUCCACCCUUUCUCUGCUGUGCUAAAUUCUUGGGUCGGGUCACCUGCUUGAGCACUGCACAAAAUGACACCAUGGUUGACUGCUUUGGUUGAACAAAGCAUUGAAAUGUUGUGUUGUCUGGCUCCAACACAGAGGCAACGUUCACAUGGAAGGAAGCAUUUGCUGCUAUAAAUGGUUUACAAAUGAAAACAAUUCAGACUUAUGUGGUUUGUUGCAGAGGUUUUGGAAACAAUAUUAAAAAAUGUAUCAAAUUAAGGAAACAAGAAACAUAGGCCAUUAAAACCUAAGAUUUACCAUACAAACAGAA